AUGAACCAUGGACGACAAGGCGAAUUGGGAUUAGGUAUUCCGGGAAACUUUGAUGAUGAUAAUCAAGAAAAUGUGAAUAACCCGGAAAAUGUGAAUAACCCAAGGAACCCAAAUAACCAUGGAGGACCUCCUGUUGUUCCCGCAAGACCAGUCCGUGAUGUGGCAGUCCCAAUCACCGCCAACUUAGCAUCCAGUAUCAAGAAACCUCCACCGGGGGAUAGGUUUGAACUAAAGCAGAACAUGGUGCAUAACCUUCAUACUAAUGGACAAUUCACUGGUCUCCCCCAUGAGGAUCCUCAAGUCCAUCUUAGGACUUUCAUAGACAUUACCAAUACAUACAUCCCAAUUGGAGUAUCAUCAGACUAUGUAAGGUUGACUUUGUUCCCAUACUCAUUGUUAGGUGUUGCAAGGCGUUGGUUAGACUUUGAGCCACCAAACUCCAUCACUACUUGGGAUGAUCUAGCAAAGAAGUUCUUAGGUCGAUUUUUUCCCUCCAAGAAAAUGGCCAAGUUGAGGGGUGAGAUAAUAAACUUUGCUCAAAAGCAAGGAGAAGACAUGUACCAAGCAUGGGCACUUUUCAAACAAAUGUUGAAUGUUUGCCCACAGCACAUGCAAACCAAUGAGGUACUUUGUCAUACUUUCUUUGAAGGUUUAGACUAUAAUGCUCGUUCUCUUCUUAAUAGUGCAGCAGGUGGACAAGCCUUAGCUAUAACAAGUGAAGAAUUUUUUGCCUUACUUGAUAAACUUUCCAAAGGGAACCACGGGUAUGAGGGUGAAAUGUCUAGAAUUCCAACCCAAAAGGUUGCAGGGAUCUUAGAUGUAGACCAAGCUACUGCCAUUAAUGCUAAAUUAGAUGCAAUGCAACAUAACAUUACAUUGCAAUUCAAACAAAUAGCUCUAAAUCAGGCCCCGAUAAAUGUGGUACAACAAGCAACAAAUUGGUGUGAGGUAUGUGAUAGUGGAACUCAUGAAACAGAACAAUGUGAAGCAAACUCGGAUUCCGUGAACUAUGUGGGUAAUGCGCAAAUGAGUGGAGUGCAAUGGAAUUAUGAUAACACUUACAACCCUAGUUGGAAAAACCAUUCUAACUUUUCAUGGGUUGGGAACCAAAACCAAAAUCAGACGCAAGGGGUUAACCAAUACCGUUCUCAAGGGGCUGGGCAACAAUACUACAAUUUUAACCAAGGCUCAAAUGCUAGUGCACCAAAAGGGGGGAUGACCAAUGAAGAGCUACUCCAAAAGUUCAUGACUAAAAUAGGGACCAAAUUAAAUGCUAGAAUAGAUAAGCAGGUUGAGAACAUUAGAAACAUCCAGAUGUCCCAAAUGAGUUUAGAGAAACAAGUUGCACAAGUGGCUAAUUCUUUGAACUUGCGUCCCCAAGGUGGGCUGCCCGGCGAUACUGAGCCCAAUCCAAAGCAAUUGCAUGCGGUAAGCACUAGAAGUGGGUUGCAAUUAGAGGAACUAGCUCUAAAGAGAAGAGACACUGAGGCAAGUAAUAAAGAAAAGAAUGUGGAAGAGGUAGUAAAAAGCUCCAAUGCUGAGGUACCCAUUCCUCAAAAGAAAUUACCACCUCCAUUUCCACAGAGGCUCAAAAAGCUGAAUGAAGAUGAAUGCUUCGGUAAGUUUCUCUCUCUCCUUAAACAGGUUCACAUUAAUCUACCUUUGGUUGACAUUUUGCAGGGUAUCCCGAAGUAUGCUAAAUACGUGAAGGACAUAGUGGCCAACAAGAGGAGACUCACUGAAUAUAAAACUGUAGCACUUACUGAGGAGUGCAGCUCAAGGAUUCAAAAUAGAUUGCCCAAAAAGUUAAAAGAUUCGGGUAGUUUUACUGUGCAAAUUACAAUUGGACAAAGUGUUCAUGCCUGGGGGUUGUGUGAUUUGGGGGCAACUAUAAAUUUAAUGCCUCUAUCUUUGUACCAAAAGCUUGGGUUGGGUAGUCUAAAGCGAACCACUGUUAUUCUCCAACUUGCAGAUAGAUCCAUUGCUAGGCCAGAAGGGGUGGUAGAAGAUGUGUUAGUGCAAGUAGGUUCAUUGAUUUUCCAGUAG